AUGGACCAUAUAACAAACACCUCCAGCUUCACCUCCACCUCCACCGACCCCCUCUUCUACCUCUGCUGGCGACGACAAUCAUGCAAUACCUGCCUGAAAGGCGAUGUACCCUGUAGCUGGUGCGCGGUGUCCUCAACCUGCGUCCCUAACCCAUCCCUCCUACCUAUUCUCUCCCCGCUGCACUCAUCGCAGAUCUGCCCGCUCGGGUCCAAAGAGCGGUGGGAGCUCCGCGCAAUACCCUUCGGGUGCCAUGUGAGCACGACUACGUUUCUUACGGGCGUGGUGGGGGUGCUGGGUACGUUGGCUGUGCUAGGGUUGAUUGCUUUGGGGGUUUGGGUUGGUAGGGGGGUACGGAGGAGGGGUGGGUGGAAGGGGUUACCUGUUGUAUUUGGGAAUGGGAAUUGGGUGGGUGUGGUGUUUUCGCGGUGGGGUGGUAGGAGGGGGAGGGAUGGGGAGGAUGAGGAGGGGGCGGGAGGGGGGAGGAGGGCUGGUGAUGGUGGGGAGGAUGAGAGGAGGCCGUUGUUGGGGGGUGGGUGA